ACAACAACACAAUCAAGAAGUAUAGAGGAAAAACACAUACACAUCAAAGAUAGAAAUUAAAUUAAUGGCGGCUCUAGGUGGUAGUACUGAGGUGGAAUAUACACAGAACAGUGUUGAGAUAGAUAACCUUGCUAUCUUUGCUGUUCAAGAACACAACAUCAAACAGAAUGCAGUUCUGGAGUUUGUGAGGGUGUUAAAUGCAAAGAAAAAAGUGGUUUCUGGCACCUUGUACGACAUUACUUUGGAGACAAAAGAUGGUGGGAAGCAAAAGGUGUAUGAAGCCAAGAUUUUAGAGAAGCCAUGGUUGAACUUCAAGGAGGUGCAGGAAUUCAAGCUCAUUAGCCAAAAUGAUGAUGCUCCUUCUGUAUCUAGCACUUAGCUAGGUAUUUAACUUUCAUGGAGGUAUAUGAUAUCAAAUAGUAUAUAUUAAGCCUUAUUGAUGGUCUAGUUUAUUACUUUUUCUGGUAUAGAUAUUGUGAUCUAUUCAGGUUGGAGAUUUUCCAAGUCAAUUGAUCAAUGUUUGUAAAUAAUUUGUGAAAUAAUCAAGAUUGUAUUUGAAUUUGAGAUUUAAGUAUUUUUAUAUAUUAAGCAAAAGAUUUGUAUCA